CUGGAGUUUCACACACAACUGUAGUCAGUCUUGGAAUCUGAGCGCUGCCAAGAGGCCAGUACAGAAGCCAGCAUCGUACUUCCAUGAGGAUGACAUGCUCUCAGAUGAGCACAGGAGUCUGUUUUGUUAAGGGAAUCAAAGGAGGAUCAAAGUCAAUUCUACAAUGUCAGGGUUGCUGAUGUUGCCAUCUACAUCACUUUUAAUUCAGCACUGCCCUCCCUUCUUAGCUUAUUAAUAAGGAGUCACUGCCGUUGUGCCGAUCGAUUGGCUGCAAUGAUAAUGAAUCACUUCCUCUGGCUGCUUUCACUGGUCUUUCCGCAUCUGAGCUCUCCAGUCAUAUUGCUCGAGAGGAGUGAUGGGAAUCUCUUUCACUUGAACCAUCUGAUUAAAGGAGAUAAACUGGUGCUGCACAGAUCCAAAAGGGACUGGAUGUGGAGGCAGUUCUUCUUGUCGGAGGAAUACAUGGGAAGUAACUAUCAGUACGUCGGCAAGCUUCGCUCAGACAAAGACAGAGGGGAUGGAACUGCCCGAUACAUUCUCUCUGGGGAAGGAGCAGGCACAGUUUUUCGUAUUGAUGAGAAUUCUGGGGAUUUACAUGCUACACAGAGACUGGACAGAGAGGAAAAGGCCUCUUAUACACUGCAGGCCCAGGCUUUCAACAAGAUCACGGGGCUCCCUCUGGAGCCUGCCACUGAAUUCAUUGUCAAGAUACAUGACAUUAAUGACAAUGAGCCCAAAUUUACCAAGGUUGUCUACACUGCCAGUGUACCUGAAAUGUCAGAUGUCGGUACUUUUGUAAUAGAAGUCAAUGCCACUGAUGCAGAUGAUGCCACAUACGGGAACAGUGCCAAACUAGUGUACAGCAUCCUGCAAGGGCAGCCCUACUUCUCUGUGGAACCUGAGACAGGAAUUGUCAGAAUAGCCCUUUCCAAUAUGGACCGAGAACUGCGGAAUGAGUAUCAUGUGGUUAUACAAGCCAAAGACAUGGCAGGACAGAUGGGUGGUCUGUCUGGAACCACCAUGGUCAACGUCACCCUUACAGAUGUUAACGACAGCCCGCCACGUUUUGCAUACAGUUCUUACCACCUAAGCACUUAUGAGUCAGCAGAAAUCGGAUCAACUGUUGGACGAAUUAAAGCCAAUGAUGGUGAUGAGGGAGAAAAUGCUGAAAUGAAAUACAGAAUUGUAGAUGGAGAUGGCAAAGAAUAUCUUGAUAUAAUAACAGAUGAGAUGACUCAAGAGGGUGUUAUCGUUGUCAAAAAGAAAUUGGACUAUGAAAGCAAGCGUGUUUACACAGUGAAAGUGGAGGUGACUAACACACACCAGGACCCUAACUUCGCUGUUCUGGGCCCAUUCUUAGACACAGCCAUCGUCAAGGUCACGGCCAAAGAUGUAGAUGAGCCUCCUGUCUUCAGCAGACCUCAGUUUGUCUUUGAGGUCAAUGAGGACACACCAAAAGGAAUAGCAAUUGGAACUAUUACAGCCUGGGACCCUGAUGCCACACAUUACCCAAUCAAAUAUGCAAUAGAUCAACACACAGACCCAGAGAGACUCUACCACAUCGACCCCAAGAAUGGAUCCAUCACAAUUAUUAAAUCUCUUGACAGGGAAGUGUCAACGUGGCACAACAUCUCAGUCCUGGCCAGUGAAAUGAAUAACCCUCAUCAAAGAAGCCGUGUUCCUGUAUUGAUAAAGGUUUUGGAUGUGAAUGACAAUGCGCCAGAAUUUGCCAUGAUUUAUGAGACAUUUGUGUGUGAGAAUGUCAGAGCAGGGCAGCACAUACAGACUAUCAGUGCCAUCGACACAGACGAUCCUCUUGUGGGUCAUAAAUUUGUAUUCAGCUUGAGUUCAAUGAAUCCAAACUUCACCGUCUUUGAUAAUGAAGAUAACACAGCCAGAAUCCUGACCAGAAGAAGUGGAUUUAACAGGCGUGAAAUGAGUGUCUACUAUCUGCCAGUAGUUAUCUCCGACAGCGACUACCCCAUCCAGAGCAGCACCAGCACGUUGACCAUUCGUGUGUGCAGUUGUGAUGCCACCGGCAACAUGCGCUCCUGCAUUGUCGACGCGUUGCUGCUCUCUGCUGGUCUCAGCACUGGGGCGCUAGUGGCGAUACUUCUCUGCAUUCUCAUCCUGCUUAUGAUUGUGGUGCUGUUCUCAGCUCUAAGGAAGCAGAGGAGGAAGGAACCGCUGAUCAUCUCCAAAGAGGACGUCAGGGAUAAUGUAGUCAGCUACAAUGACGAAGGUGGCGGCGAGGAGGACACGCAGGCCUUUGACAUCGGCACGCUGCGCCACCCAGAGGUGAUCGAAAGCAACAAGCUGCGUCGCGACAUCAUCCCAGAGAUGCUGUUUCCCUAUCACAGACCUUCACCCAUGAAGGAGUGCGCAGAUGUCAGAGACUUCAUUAUAAGCAGACUGCAAGAAAAUGACACAGACCCUUCCGCGCCUCCCUAUGACUCUCUCGCCACUUACGCAUAUGAGGGCAAUGGAUCAAUUGCUGAGUCACUGAGCUCUCUGGAGUCUUCUGUGACUGAGGGAGACCAUGAAUAUGAUUACCUCUCUAACUGGGGCCCGCAGUUUAAAAAGCUUGCUGAAAUGUACAUCGGGAAGGAUACGGGAGUUGCCAACUAGGCUGCCGUUCAAUGACAUUCAUAUUCUCUGUAUGUACGCUCAGAUCUCACGCUGUGCUCUGAGGCAUAACUUGAAAGAAAGAAAGAAAGAAAGAAAGAAAGACAAGGAUACUUCACAAGUCCUCUUUCUUUUGUUUUCUACCAACAUAAGCUGAAUUUCACUUUUAUGAUGGAUUUUUUUUUGUGGACGGUGUUGUGGUAAGGUGAUUUUAUGUUAAUAGGAGAAGUGAUUGUGAUUUAGAUUUUUGUUCAUAAAAAAACAAAACAAAAAACAAACCUUAACUGAGGAGCAAAAAGAAUGGAUGAUUUUGUGACUUUCAAUACAUGGACAGU